UAGGGAAUCCAACGAUCUGUCAAACUAUUCCAAUAUGUCUGGCGAUUGGCAUGCAAUACAUUGAAAGCAUAUGAUAAAUAUUGUUUUUUAAGUAUUUAAAGUAAUUUUCGUAUAUUUAUAUCCGCCUAAGUAUUGCUAACAUACUUCUGUGACAUAAUAAAAAAUAUUGUUUACAUCAAUAAACUAGAAUAAGUACUUAAAAAGUUUUAUUUAACUAAGUAAUUUGGAAGGUUGAAGAAAGGUUAGUUAGUAAUAGCUAUGCCACUAACAUGUAUUGUAGUGAACUGUGGAAGCAGGUCGAAAAGGGAUAAAGUAUCUUUUUUUGCUAUUCCCAAACCACUGAAGUUUAAACAUGCUAUCCACUUGAAUGAAUUAACUGUUAAACGCAGAAAAAAAUGGAUAAGGGCCAUACGAAGAGCAGACCUGACAGAAUCAAAAUUAAAAUAUCAAAAAGUGUGUUCCAAACAUUUUAUUCAAGGACAACCUGCAAAACUUGAAGAUGUAAAUGAUCCUGAUUGGAUACCAACCCAAAAUAUGGGUUACUCUAGGGGACCUGUAAAACGAAAGCAGGACCUUGAAAGACUGGAAAGAGUAAAGAAAAGAUCUUCCACAAAGGUUUCACAAGAGGACAAUGAUACAUUUAUUGAGAAUGAAAACAAUACAGUAAGUGAAAGUAACACUACAGCAAUGUAUGAAGACAGUACUGGAACCGAAACUCAAACUGAGUUAACCUCAGAUGAUAUUGAACAGAUGGCUCAACAAUUAAAAUUUGCAAAUAAAAAAAUUGACGAGUUGACUCGCAGAAUUAAUAAGACCAUUUAAAGUUUCGAGUCACUAGAAACGGACAAUCCGAAAUGUUUAUAUUAUACCGGUUUAAAUUUUUCUGUUUUGAAGUCAGUAUUUGACAGAAUUAAACCAUUUAUUCCAUCAUCCUCAGUAACUGUUUUAGAUCCCUCUCAACAAUAUUUGUUGACAUUGAUGAAAAUGAGACUUAAUCUAGAUUUUAAAUAUUUGGCCUACCAAUUUGGCAUUUCUCAAUCAACAUGUUCCACCUAUUUUAAUACCAUCAUCUCAAUAAUGUAUCAAAGAUUUAAAAAUAGCAUAAAAUGGCCAGAUCGGGAAAUUAUUAAAAAAAACAUGCCUUCUUGCUUUAGAGAAGUCUUUCAUGAUAAGACCACAAUUAUCAUUGAUUGCUUUGAGGUGUUUAUCCAAAAACCAGCUAGUUAUUUAACCCAGCAGCAAACAUGGUCAAACUAUAAACAUCAUAACACAGUUAAAUUCCUUAUUGGAAUUACUCCCCAAGGCUGUAUUUCAUAUAUCAGUAAAGCAUGGGGAGGAAGAACAUCAGAUAAACAAAUAGUAGAGCUCUCUGGUUUUUUGGAUAAAAUAGAACCCCAAGAUAUUGUGAUAGCAGAUCGAGGUUUUUUAAUAAAAGAAUUUUUAGAUGUGUUACAAGCAAAGCUAGUAAUUCCAGCUUUUACCAAGGGGAAAAAACAAUUGCUUCCACUAGAGCUGGAAGAAACUAGAAACAUUGCACAGGUUAGAAUCCACGUAGAAAGAGUUAUUGGCUCCAUUAAAAAUAAAUUUAAUAUUUUUUCAGAGCCACUUCCGAUUUCUAUGUUAACCCAUGUUACUGAUGGUAUAAAUAUAGUUGAUAAGAUAAUUUUUAUAGCAUGUGUUUUGAUUAAUUUAUGCCCUCCUAUUGUUCCAAUUUAAUUAAAUUUAACCUAUUUCACCAGAUUGUCGCCUUUUUAGUAUUUCUUUUAAUAAUUUUUGGUACACAUCUAAAGUGUCACUACGAAAAACAAUCAAUGACACCUUUGGCCAAAACUAGGAUAUAUAUAUAUAUAUAUAUAUAUAUAUGCCAUGUUGUCGAGGUUGUCAGUUAGUUUUGAAUUAUAAAUAGCUACAGCAAGAAAACUUGCAUUGUUUCAGACAAAAUCAAACAAGCUUAUAUUUUUCUAAAACUUUUUUUGUUGGUUUUUAAAUAUGUUAAAGUAAAAAGUUCUACUCACAGAUUUGGCCGCUAAUUGUUUAAAGAAUUAAAACUCUUUUGUAUACUUAAAUAAUUUUAAAAAUAUUGAAUUCAUCAUUUUACAAAUCUUUGUUGUGGGGAAGCUUGCAGUUCUGAUGAUCUAUUGUUGUUAAAUCGGUAUAAUAUAAACAAAAUUGGGCAUUUUUGUCUGUUUGAUUUAUAAAUAAAUAAACAUUUUGCUUUAUGUUGUAAAGUACUUUAUAAUCAACUAUUUUCAAUGGGAAAUAAGCCACAAUUUUACCAAAAAAAUGAUUUUAUUAACGUUUCGACGCCCAAGUCGGGUGUUGUCAAAAUACAAAAUAUUAAAUUAAACAAAAAUGUUAUUGCUUAGUAAAAAAUUCUUCUAAUAAUUUAUUUAAUCUGACUCAUUUAUAUCAGCAAUUCAGACAUGGAUUAUACAUUUUAAUGAAGAAGACUUUAAAAUGAUAUUGCCAAUAUUGAUGAGUUGCGUUCCUGGGACGACUUUACUAAAAGAUAGUAAAUCAUAAUAUUAUCAUUCGAAAUUGGUAGGUUUAUUGGUCAAAAGGUGGAGAAUAAAAGACAAAGACUUCGGCUACUUCAUCUAUUUAUUGAAGACAUUUUUGUUCACUAAUUAGUGAACAUUACCAGUUCAUCUACAAAUGAGUUUGAUAAAUAACAAACAUCCAUAGAAAAAAAAGCAAUGCAACUAGCAAGUUGUAAGUAAAGCAGCUAGUGAAACGAACCAUUGAGAAAUGUAAAAUACAGACAUUAAGUUUGUAAAAAACUAAGUACAGUUAACAAUUUAAAAGCCAAUACAAGAGCAAGAGAUCAUGUAGUAACAUAAUGAUUGCAUAAAAAAAUUGCAAAAAAUGUGUUCAACUAGAACGAAAAUAAUGUCCAGAAUUCAACAAUUCCAGACAAUAAUUUGCAUUCAAAUGAUUUAAUUUUAACUUUAAGUAGCAUUCUUACAAUAAUGACUGUGGCUAGCGUAUAUUAUUUAUGUACACCUCAUUGGUUGUUUUUGUAUUUUGAUAUUAAUAAAAAAUUUGUGACAAUUUUAAUGAAAAUAAAUCAUAUGAAAACUGAAAAGAA